AUGGCCCCCAAAAAGAAAACUCAGCCGAAGAGGAAAUCCAAAUUGGUUAAAGAAAUGGAAACAGUAGUGAGGGAUUUCUUCAACGAGGGAAGAAAAAAAUCCCGUUAUGAUGCAUUUUAUGGCAAGUACGACCUCCCAAAUCCAGAUGUUGAGGUGAUUAGCAUGCAGGAUUUGGAGAACAUAGUUCUUGCUGAGAAGAACAAGAGAAAGAGGAUCCGGGAGGCUUCUGCGGCUCCAGCCCCCAAGAGGAGCCGAGUCGAUCCGGUGGAAGACUUGGUAGGGGAAGUGGACGAGGAUGGGGCAGGGCCAUCCGACCCCAUUCUCAAGGUCCGUAAAAGUCGACUGGAGUCUUAUGAGACCCUGAUCAAGGACCUCCAGGAGCAGCUGGCUGCCAGGGACCAGCAACUUGCCCGGAUCGAGCAGGAGAAUGCCGACCUGAGGGCACGCCUGGAUGAAAGGGAGAGGUUGAGGCAAGUCCCCCUUCCUGAUGUCGACGGGGAUGAGGCCUCAUCGUCCUCAUCAUCAGUGGAUCCCCUCCUGGCGCUGCGCACCUGGAACAGGGACACCAGCUCCUCCUCCUCCCGCUCCUCCUCCUCCCGCUCCUCCUCCUCCAGCAUCCCCUGCCGGAAGCGCCGCCGCGUGCAGCGGCUGACGUCCCCAUCGCCGCCACCCGAGGAGGACGUCGACCCGGACAUGGCCGGGUACUCGGACAAUUUCGCCCUGCCUGUCGCCCGGCGUCCUGCUGGCGUGGGCGUUGGAGACGGGGGCGCGGUGGCUCCGCGCCGGCGUCAGCGCCUGAUACCGCCGCCAGUGCCGCAGUUCGCGCCGGUCUCCGACCGGCGAGUGAGGCGGCCGGUCGAGCGGUACCAGGCGCCCGCCGGCUCGGUGCCGCACCGCCCUCGACUGCCGCCCCCCAGCAGGCGUCCGCGGCAGCGGGCCGCCGCCCGGGGCCCCCGCCUUGUCCGGAGCAGUGGGAUUAGAAUGACUACACCGCUAGUAGAAGUGAACCUGCAAAACAUGUCCUCAGCCUGA